GAGAAGCCGGAGAGCCUCAGAGCCGAAUAAAGAGAGUCAGGAGAGUGUGUGAGCGAGCCGAAGAGUUUAAUAACACUCCACCGGUACAGACAGGGAUCCGUUAAUCCCCCUGUAUACACGCACACACAGUGCACACACAGUUUACACACACACACACACGCUCGCGCGCAUGCGGGAUGAAGCGUACCGGAGUUUAAACGCGUUUGGGACUGAACCCAACUCUGUGUGUGGAUUUUAUAAACCAGGAAUUAUCUUUUUGGGGAUUUGUUUAGUGUGUGAACACCUGGACUUUUCCAUUAAUGAGCCCCCGGCAGAUGUGGACGGUAUGGCGCUGAGGCGCGCGCUUCUGCCCUCCAUCUCCACUUUCACCACCGGAGCCGCUGAACCGAGAUGGAAGGAAGAAAUGUCUCAUCUGAAACACUUUGACAACAUCAUGACUAAAAAAGAGCCAGAGGAAUUUGAGCUGCUUGACUACGAUUUCAUCCUCUCCAACAGCAUCAUGCAGCAGCAGCAACAGCAGCAGCAGCAGCAGAGUCGGCUGCCUCCACAGGAAAUGACAUCAUCAGCCUAUUCAUCCUAUCACAUGUCGUAUGUGCCGGACAUCAGUGACGUUUCUCCGAGCGGUGGAUUUGUCGCCGAGCUCAUGAGACCUGAUCUGGACCCUGCCUACCUUCAGCCACUUAGUGCAGACAUUACUGCAAACACUAACACUAACAUUAAUCUACACGGAAAAUUUGUGGUGAAAACAACAAAUGUUCAAACCAACAUGUCGGCGUACAGCGAGAGUGGGAACAUGGCUACUUCAGAACCGUCGCCAGCUUUGUUUAUGUGCCGCAGAAUUAAACAGGAAGUCCAGGCCUGCACGUCCUCUUCAUCCCUUUCACCAGAAGAGCAUCACACACCUGCACAGGUGCUGGCUCAUCCCUCGGUCUCUGUGCCACAGGGAUUUCAUCCAUCACACAGUUAUCCCCAGUUUGCUGCAGCAUCAGUGCAGUACUCAGAAAUAGUUCCUCCUGCAGCAGAGGAGCCAAAACCCAAACGUGGACGACGCUCAUGGCCAAGGAAGAGGAUGGCCACACACACGUGUGAUUAUGCCGGCUGUGGGAAAACCUACACGAAGAGCUCUCACCUGAAAGCACAUCACAGAACACACACAGGAGAGAAGCCAUAUCACUGUGAUUGGGAAGGCUGUGGAUGGAAAUUUGCUCGCUCUGAUGAACUGACUCGUCAUUACCGUAAACACACAGGUCACCGGCCGUUUCAGUGUCAGAAGUGUGACCGUGCUUUUUCCCGCUCUGAUCAUCUGGCACUGCAUAUGAAACGCCAUCUAUAACCUUUAACCCUAAUCCUAAACUGCAUGUGUCUGUAAAGACACACAGACACACAGGAUGUUCAUCAAAACUCCACGAGUUGCCUUUUAAAGAAAAGACAACAAAAGAAAACGACCUGAGACACGCUGUGAUGUUCACGGCAAAACAAAGUUCACUAUUAUCUCUUUUACUUUAUAUAGAAACGCUGAUGGCUCAUGAAGUGGACCACAAUUCAGCAAACUGUACUGAUGGUUUUAUUUAUUAGACUUUAUUAUAAUUGUACAUUAUCUUUAUUGUCAUUUCACGUCUUCACUACAAACAGCUGUUUAAUGAAGAGCUUUACUUCUCACAGCAAACAUCCCAUAAUACUACAACAUGAUCAACAUCCAGCAAGAUCAAAUUAGGAUAACACUAAUAUAGCUCUCCUGUAGUGUGCACUACUUAAUGAUGGUCUGAUGGAGACAGGUGGAGAACCCCAGAGUCUACAAUCUAAACUACAUCCGAGAACUGUGUUGAUCGGAACAAACCUCCCUCUGCAUUAAUAUGCACAGAGAAUAUACAGCUAUGGAACAAACUGAGACCAUUCAAGUUAUUCUCUUAUUUUUUUCCCAUAGCUGUACAUUAAUGCUCUGGGUUAGUGCAGUAUUGUGUCCAUGAGUCUGCACUGUAGGGAUCAGAGUGUAGAUAGUUCGGUGGUAUGUGGAACUCAGCCCAGGAACCUGAAGUGCACAGGAUAAAGGAAAACAAUUUAUGUAGUCUAAUUGUCUUCCAGCACAUCAGUGACUCAGAAGCCACUGAUCUGUAAAAUCCUAAAGAUCAAUAAAAAAAAAGAAAAAAACCCAACAAUAAAAUCAUGGGGUGCUGAAAACAGACCAAGAAAACAAAUUGCUCUAAAAAUAUAUAAAUAUAUAACUGUAAUUAUAUCACGAUGUCACUGUAAUUAAAAAAAUAUUUUUGUAUACAAUCAUAUUUAUGUGAAUACGUUUCCGAACGUAGCAAACAUAAGAAAACCAAACUGGAAAUAUAGAACUUAUAAAUGUUUUUUUUUCUUCUAUAGAACUGGAAAUAUAUACGUUUAUAAAUAUUUAGUGGUGUUUUUUAAGUUACCAGAUAAAUACCAGAAAGUGAAACUGAACUGGAUUUUUAAAAACAUAUUUAUAUAAUUUGGAGCUUGAGGUGCCAAACUUCAUGAACAAGUAAGGAAAAUAUAUGUGUAUAAAAUAUCAGGGAUGUUAUGGGAUUAUAAUCUUCAAAAAUUACAUCUUUAACCUAGACACACACACACACACACACACACUGUAUAGUGAUAUUAGUGUUCAUUUCUGGUACAGGUUACUUUGGUGCAUUGUGUCUCUGCACUGGUGCAAUAAACAUUUUGAUAAAAAAAAAACUUUGGUAACACUCUGGAUAUUUUUGUAACUCUGAACAAAGUUUUUUUUUCCUCUUUAUAUUAAAUAAUUGUAAUAUAAUCCUGCAUUUUGUAAAACUUGUAAAUAUGUUUUUUUUGUAUUUUAUGUAUGAAU